AUGAAGCAACCGGAUUGUACAAGCCGUUUUGUUAAAACUCACGUGGAAACAAACAACAUAAGUAAUCCGGAUAUACCUGCUCGUGCUCGUGUAACAAGGUGGUUAAAAGAUAUGGAAAAGAUUAAAGAAGAUGCUCAAAUCAUUUCAAGUACAGGGAAUGGAUGUUUUAACUUGAAAAUGAGGUAUCGAGCAGGAAGAAAUGCAUUCAAGAUUACAGAGGAGAUGGGAAAUCUUAUUGAAGAAAUAAGAAGUUUUAAGGAUGCACUCAAGUUCCUUCAACAAGAUCACACGAGCCAAGGGAUAGCCCUAUGUGGAAUUGGAGGUAUGGGGAAAACCACAAUGAUAGAACAAUUGAAAAAGGCUGCAGAAGAUAAGAAAAUGUUUGAUUGGAUUGUGAAGGUGGUCAUUGGACAAAUGAUUAACAUAUUAUCUAUUCAGCAAGCUCUAGCAGAAUACAUGGGUCAACCUUUAACAGAAACGAGUAUAACAGCAAGUGUUGAUUGUCUUCGUAGAGUUGCCAAAGGUGACUUUUCAUGGAUAAUCAACCAUGGUGAUAUUUCAAAGUGGAGUAGAGCUGAAAUGAAAGUCUUGCAAAACAAUUUCUAUUACUUGCACAGUUUUGCUCAUUGUGGCAUCAGAAAGUUAUCAUCCACAAUCGGAAAAUUGAAGGAGCUAAAGUUUCUAUGUUUGGAUAGUCUACCAAAGUUGACAGGUCUUUGCAACGCUGCUAAUGUAAUUAAGCUACCACAGCUGGUGGAGUUGAUACUUGAUGGCCUUCCUGAUUUCACUAGCAUUUAUCCUGAGAAAACAUCUUCAACAUCUUCUAUGUCCAGUAAUAUCUCUGCAAUUCAACCUUUCUUUAACAAAGAGAUGCUGAUUCCAAAUUUGGAGAUAUUGUUAAUUGGGAGGAUGAAUAAGCUGAAAGAGGUAUGGCCUUAUCAAUUUAGUAGUAGUGACGAACUUGAUACUUGCAUGUUGAGAAAGAUUGAAGUGAAGAAACGUAAUAAUCUUGUGAAUCUGUUUCCAACCAAUCAAAUGUCUUUGUUGGGUCAUCUGGAAAAGCUUCAUGUUAGUUAUUGUGGAAGCAUUGAAAUGUUAUUUAACAUCGAGAUGAGUUGUGUUGGUGAAAUUGAAAAACACAGUAGCAACUUGAGACGCAUUAAUGUGUAUAAGUUGGAGAACCUAAGAGAGUUGUGGAGGAUGAUUGGAUGAAAGGUGAAAGUAGCUAUGAUAUUCUCAUCCGAAUGUGAUGUCAUUGAACUUUCUAUUUCUAUUUCAAUUUUGAUGUUAGAGAACUUAUGUAUAUCUGUCUUUAUAUAUACACUCACAUGUGUGUAUGUGUAUGGCUGUAUGUAAAUAUGUGUAUACAUAUACAUAUAUACGUAUCACACUACAAGAUUGGAAAAGUAGGCUAGAUUUCCUACAUUGCUAAGUACUCUGGAACUCUUUCAACCUUCAUAUUAUUAUUUUUACAUAUUUAUAAGCAAGUG